AUGGCUUGCGGAUUUGAAGCCUUUUACAAACUCGCCGGCUCUGCUGAUUUCAUCGAUCGUGGCCUGAACAUCACAAAUCUCAACUCGUUGACAGGGGUCCAAGGUGUCUGUGAUAGGGCCGCCUACAGACUGGCUGACGGUUUUCCGGACUCGAAAGAGCCUGUUAACGUUCUCAUGCUGCCCUGUACUCGACAGCCUAUCGCUUUGGUUGUACCUUCAGUUUCUGCGGCUAAUGACAAUUUGAUUUUUACCACUGCCAAAAUAACUUCCACAGCAGAAGUUGAUUACAAGAUUGUAAUGGAAUAUCAAAUUUACCUCUAA